AAUCAUGGAGUUACAAAAUAUUGCUCACUCACUAGAACUUGGAUUCUCCAAUAGCAAUAUUGAAAUGAUACCAUUGCAACCACCACUCCAUAACUCCAAUUACCUAAUGACUUCUCCUCCAUCUAAUUUCUCAUUCAUGGGCAAUCCAAUUGAAGAGCCCGCCGCGAUGCCAAUACUUUCAUCGAUCGAUGAAAUUAUUGCAUCGGCGUCUCAUGGUAGUGGAAAUGAUUACUCAUGUUUACAGAGGAGAAAUUCUAUGGAGGCUAUGAGGGAGAUGAUUUUUCGUAUCGCGAUGAUGCAGCCGAUUCACAUUGAUCCCGAAUCAGUUAAACCUCCCAAGAGAAAAAAUGUUAAGAUAUCGAAGGAUCCACAGAGUGUGGCAGCCAGGCAUCGGAGGGAACGAAUAAGCGAAAGGAUAAGGAUUUUGCAAAGACUAGUCCCUGGAGGAACUAAAAUGGAUACUGCUUCAAUGUUAGAUGAGGCUGUCCAUUAUGUCAAGUUUUUAAAGAAGCAACUUCAAUCUUUAGAGCAAGCCGCGGUUAAUAAUAGGCCGAUGAUUUCUGGAUUUUCAACAGCAAUGUCAUCGCCAGGGCCAAUGAAUUAUAAUUCAAGCUCUAUUAGGGCAUGCCAGCCUCAUCCAUCCAUGAACUCUAGUGCACAAAAUGCUUAG